AUGAGCUCCAGCAGCAGCACGUAUCAACAUGUGUACCGUCGCCUAUCGGCUUCGGCCCGACGGGUUUCGAGUCGAUUGCAGCAUUGGAUGGAGCAUCAUCCCGUGGCGAGCAACAGUCUGUUGUGUCUCAAUCUCUGGGUGGCCGGGGAUGCAUUGGCGCAGUACUCGGAAUUUCGUCAUCAUCACAACCGUACUAGUAAGGAUCAUGAUGACGAGUCAUUUUUGUCCCACUACGAUAUGCGACGGACGGCACAAUGUGCGGGUUUUGGUGCUUGCUUUACAGGCCCUCUCAUUGCCGUGUGGUACCCGUAUCUCGAUCGCGUUGCCAUUCACUACCGCAUGGCGGCCCGCUACGGCGUCUGGGGACCUCCCGUCAUGAAAGUCGUGGCAGACGAAUUCCUCAUGGAUCCACCGUGUAUUGUCGCCUUUUUUGGAUACAUGGCGGCAUGGGAACAUCAUCAUGACGCCAGCAGCAGUAGUUCUUGGCAAGACCUGUUUCAAGCCAAACUGCGAGAUCAAUUCGUUCCUUCGUGGGUGACCAGUCUCAUUGCUUGGCCACCCAUUCUAUUGGGAACCUUUCGCUAUCUCCCGGUCUUUGCACAAGCGCCUGUCAUUAAUGUUUGUUGCAUCGCAUGGGAUGCCUUUCUCAGUCAUCGAAAUCGAUUGUCCGAAGAAGAUCACGAACAGCACAACAACGACAACAGUCAUAACGACAAUCAGCAUCAUAGCAAGAAAGAGCAGGAGAAAACAGAGAAAUGA